CUCUGACAAAGGGCACUAGUGAUGUCGUUGCUCGAUUGCGUUGAAUAUAACGUACGGAAUGUCACGUAAUACGCAUUUAUAACACUCAUUUUAAAGCAAUACUAUGACCGUGGCUUAGUGGGAGAAGAGUAUCAGUAAAGUACAAUGGCCUCUGAAGUUGGAGUUGAUCCUUACGACCAUGUGUCCGGAUCUCCGCCACAAACCAACACGACUGGGAAAAAGUCCUGGGACGAACUAAGGAAGUGCGUGCGGGAUACACGCAAACUUUUGACUGCUCUAGUUAGCAGUGUGCCGACAUCUUUCACAUUCAGGAAUAUCUCUACAGACAAUGGAACUGUGACGAGACUGUACUUUUUAGGAGUGCCAAUCAAGGGUCGGGAAAACACAUUGCUCUAUGUAGACCUACCAUCUGAUUUUCAGGAUUAUGUGUUACCAUGGCAAUCAUUACUAGACUCUUUCCAGCCGUCGUCAGGGCAACUGUCCCGAGAAGAACAGUUGAUGAGGGAGAGGAAGAGGCUUGGGAUAUAUGGAAUUACGUCGUACGAUGUUGUGGAGAAUGAGGGGAAGUUUGUGUUUCCUGCGUGUAGCAGUCUGUUUACGUGUGUGGACAACACCAUGGAUUGCCAUGUUGAAGAUGACCGAGUGAUUCUCCCGACGGCUAUCAGCACAAGUUGUUUAGGGGCUCGUCUGGAUCCAAAGAUCUGUCCCCUGGAUACAAACCUGGUGUCUUUCAUUCAUAAUGGCGAUCUGUGGAUCACGCAUCUCAUUAGCGGGCAGGAGAAGAGACUCACGUUUGUUCAUAAAGGUGAGGGGGGACUCGCAGCAGACCCCUGUGUGGCGGGGGUACCGUCAUUCGUGGUUCAGGAGGAGUUUGACCGUUACACGGGGUACUGGUGGAUGCCUAAAGUCACACAGUCUACAGAUGAAGCAAGCACCUUCAGGAUCCUGUACGAGGAAGUGGAUGAGUCCGAUGUGGAGAUUCUUCACGUGUUUGCUCCUGUGACAGACGACCAGGGUAUCGACGAGUACAGGUACCCUCGUGCAGGUACAACAAACGCCAGGAGUACUCUGAAGAUUAUAGAGUUUGAAGUGGGGGAAGAUGGUUCGCUGCUGGAGGGGGCGGUGGAGCGCCACAUGAUGGAGCCACUGUCAAGUUUCUGUCCCUGGAUGGAGUACAUCGUGAGAGCUGGCUGGACUCCAGACUCCAAGUACGUGUACGCCCAGGUGUUAGAUCGAGAGCAGCAGCAACUCGCUGUCAUCCUCAUCCCCUUCGAGUACUUCAUGCCGAUAUCCUCCGACAUCGAGAUGAGCAGCUUUGACACCAGCAGUUAUCCCCCUUUGCAGUUCAUCUACAGGGAGACAUCCAAUAUCUGGAUUAAUGUUCAUGACAUCCUGCAUUUUUUCCCACAAUCUUCCCCAGACGAGAUAAGUUUCCUGUGGUCCAGUGAGAAGAGUGGAUACAGGCAUCUGUAUCAUGUGACAUCCAAACUCCAAACACCUCCACCUGACUCAAACCAUGCCAUGGAGCUGGAAGACAGGUCUCAAGACUUCCUCCAGAGCCAGAUGGUGAGAGAGGUUGCAGUAACCCAGGGCGACUGGGAGGUGAACGGGAAGCAGAUAUGGGUGGACGAGCUGCGUAAGCUGGUGUACUUCAACGGGCUGAAAGACUCCCCCCUUGAAACACACUUGUACUGUGUGUCGUACAACUCACCCGGUGAACCGGUCAGACUCACCCAGCCUGGCUUCAGCCACACAGUCUCCUUAGAUAAGGCCUGUUCUCUGUUUGUGUCUGUGUACAGCUCGGUCCAGCACACACCUCGAUGUAAGGUUUACCGUAUCUCCCAUGGAGACCACCCCUCUCAACACACACAGGCUGAGCCUUGUGGAACUGUGAUAAGCUCUACGUCCUGUCCUGAGUACCGAGCCCCGGAGCUGUUCAGCUACCCUAGUAAGAGCGGCUACACCAUGCACGGCAUGUACUACCACCCCCACAACUACGACCCCGGCGCCCGCUACCCCACUGUCCUCUUUGUGUACGGGGGACCCCAGGUACAGCUGGUCACCAACGCCUUCAAGGGACUCAAAUUCCUGCGUCUACACACGCUGGCCUCCCAGGGCUACGCUGUCGUUACGAUAGAUGGUCGUGGUUCUUGUAACAGAGGCCUCCAGUUUGAAAGUCAUAUCAAGGGGAAACUGGGCACUGUAGAGAUAGAAGAACAGGUCGAGGGUCUGCUCUGGCUGGCUUCCAAAGUAGACUUCAUUGACCUGACGAGAAUAGCUAUACAUGGCUGGUCUUACGGUGGGUACUUGGCGCUCAUGGGGCUGGCUCAGAGGCCUGAUAUCUUCAAGGCGGCUAUAGCAGGUGCCCCCGUGGUCAACUGGAUCCUGUACGACACAGGCUACACCGAGCGCUACCUGGACGUCCCACAGGCCAACAAGGACGGCUACACGAACGGCUCCGUCCUCAGCUACAUAGACAGGUUCCCAGAUGAAGAGAAUCGCCUCCUCAUCAUACACGGCCUGAUCGACGAGAACGUCCACUUCCACCACACCAGUCACCUGGUCAACGCACUGGUCAAGGCCUGCAAACCCUACCAGCUCCAGGUGUACCCAAACGAGCGACACGGAAUACGUAGUCAUGAAUCCAGUGAACACUACAAGACAAUGGUUCUCAGCUUCCUGCAGAACAACCUGUGAAGAACACGGCGCCACAGCCAGGAAUCUAGUGACAUGGGCCACAGUCGGCCUGUCUGUGUACAGAGAUCCCAAUGGGGACUACAAACACCUUGGAGAAAAUUGUCUUUUCCUUUAAAUUUGACGGUUAUAUUUGUCACUAAUUUAUAUAAUAGUUGUGCCAACUGCAUGGGAAAUUUCUUGUUGACUGUUUUAUAUGAUCUACCUUUAUGUUCUUGCUAGGUACCAAGAACCGUUCUUAACAUGUUUGCACUGAAGAGGAUGAACGAAUAUUCAUAUCACAUUGUCUGAAGAGUCGAUCAAGUGCCAUUGAUGACCAUCUGUGCAUGUUUUAAAUGCCAGAAAAGCCAUAUCGUUUGUUUUAUAUCCUAAACUGUAAUUUAAUUGCCUUUUCCAGAUUUUCUUGAAACUAUUUUCACAAUCUUUACGAAUUAAGGCAGAUGAUUCUGUGUGAAGGACAUACGCAAGAGUAGAAGGAUUUUAUUUUUUUAAAUCUUUCAUUGGUAAUUGGAACUCAUUGGAAGUAUUCAUUGGAAUACCGUAUUCAACGCAAUAAGCGCCCAGGGAACUCUCAAAAUUAGAAAUAGGGGGCUCUAAUCAGAAUAAAAUUUUGUUGAAAAAAAACGGAGUUGAAAGAUCGUAAAUUUCGUGGUUUAUGCAGACAGCCUGAAAUGAUACAAAAGAAAAGUCUGUGCGUAUUAUACACGACAGAUAUAUUUUCCAGAAUUUAAUUGCCCAUAAUUAAGGGUGCAUAUAACACACGAGUACGUACUUUACGCGAAUAAAUCAGUCUUGUGUACAUUGAUCAAUUGGAAGGGGUUUCUAAAUGGGAUUGUUCACUAGCCAAUACAUUAGCAAAUAUUGCCAUGGAGCAGGACGCUUAUUACGUCGAAUACGGUAUGCUAGAUUUGAAAUGUCAAGUGCCAAAUAUGGUAAUGACAGGAAGUUAAACUUCUUGGAGAGGCAUUAAGAAGAUUGAGUAGUAAGUAAUGAGAAGAUACAUGGAUGAACAACUUCUUUAUUACAAGUAGGAGUGAUGUUUUGGUGAAGGUUCCAACACCGUUGUCAUGUCAACCUCACAGCAUGAAAGUUUUUGUAGAAUAUCUUUGAAAAUACUUACUCAUGAUGUUAUUAGCCUCACUAUGUAGGGGGGGCACGGGUGGCCCAGUCGUCUAAGGCGCCGCGAUUCGCUGUGCAGAGUUGCGUCCCUUGGGCACGCCAGAAACCUAUGAUUGUGGGUUCGAAUCCUGGUUCGCCCUGAUUAUGU